UAGCCGUCAUUAAUCCUCAGAUCCAGAUUCCUGCUGCACCAGAAAUAAUAGUUUUAAUUUUAGACUCAUAAAAGCUUCAACUCUUAUUUUAUACGUUGGUUUGUUUUCAGACACACGGAAAAAAAGGCAGAAAACAAUGUUGUUGUGUGAAAGCAUAGGGCCAUUUGUUCAGACGUUUGUCCUGGUGGAGUGACAGUGGGUGGAGCGAGGGUGGAGUGGAGGGUGGAGGCUUUAAGGCACGAAGCAGCAGAGAAAGGACCAUCUGUCCACAGAUAAAAACGGAUCCAGAGGAGGGUGGACGUCCAGCAGAGGACGGGAUGGAAGGCGCUGAAAGAUUUCAGUGAAGAGAAUCAUUUACAGAAUAGCAUGUAGAAAGAUGAAGAUGUGGGCUGUGCUGCUCUUCCUGAGCAGUAGAUGGAUUCCAGCAGCUGCUGGUGUCACCCCAACGUCCUCCAUCACACCAGUAACACCAACCGAAGACGACGGCUCCCGACUGGUGGACUGGCUUAUGAAGUAUGGCUACCUGCCGCCUUCAGAUCCCUCCACUGGCCAGCUGCAGGCUUGGACUGCAGUCACUAACGCCGUCAGAGCCAUGCAGAAGUUUGCAGGACUCAAAGACACUGGAGUCGUAGAUGAGGAGACCAUGGCGUUGAUGAGAAGUCCUCGUUGCUCCUUACCUGACCAGGAGGAACCAUCCAGACCAGAGGGGAGGAAGCUGAGGAGGAGGAGGAUGCUUUCCAUGUGGACACGGAGGAACAUUAACUGGAGGUUGCAUUCCUAUCCGUCCUCUUCUCACCUUUCCCGGGAAACCAUUCGCUCCCUCGUCUUCUAUGCAUUAAGAGUUUGGGCCGAGCCGACGCCGCUGGAGUUCCAUGAGGUGGGCAGUCCAGAGGCCGCUGACCUGCAGGUAGACUUCCUCCAUGGUUACCAUGGUGACAGCUAUCCCUUUGACGGGGCUGGCGGUGCGGUCGGACAUGCGUUCUUCCCCUCAGACCCGGCUCGGGCUGGAGGAGUUCAUCUGGAUGCAGAGGAGGGUUGGACCUUCAGACAACCAGCCUCUGAAGGAACCGACCUGUUCACGGUUCUGGUCCAUGAGUUCGGUCACGCUCUAGGCCUCGCACACUCCUCGUCCCGCCACUCAGUGAUGAGGCCCUACUACCAGGGUCCGGUUGGAGACCCCCUCCACUACCGCCUGGGCCCCCAGGACCUGGUUCACAUCACCCAGCUGUACGGUAAAAGGAACCAGCUUCUGGCGACUGAUGCUCCUCGACUCGCCUCAGAUCCUCGCCACAGAAGCCACCAUCAUCACAGACAUGGAACCUCGACAGAUCGCUGUAAUACCAUCUUUGAUGCUGUGGCAAAGAUCAGAGGAGAGACUUUCUUCUUCAGGGGCCUGACCAUGUGGAGAGUCAGCGCUGGAGGUCUGGUGUCGGACUGGGGAGCUUCGGUCAGGAGGCUGUGGAGGGGUUUACCUCCAGACCUGCCUCGCCUCCACGCUGUGCUGGAGAGACAGUCAGAUCAUGCCAUCAUCUUCAUCAGUGGUUCCCGGUUCUGGCUGUUCAGGGACCUGACCCUGCAGGAUGGCUACCCUCAGCCCCUGUCUGCUCUCAGGAUGGGGCUGGACCUGGCUGGAGAUGAAGAGGCAGGAGCAGGAACAGGGAGGUUUGGUCUGGUCUGGGACCCGGAGGAGGGUCCUGUGUGGGGGAAAAUAGAGGCUGAAGAAACACAAGAAGACACCUGGACCGGACUGCUGAGGGAAGGCGUCAACGGCAUCACCACAGACGCUGAUGGCUCCGUCUAUCUCUUCAGAGGAGACUCCUACUGGAAGUUCAUGUUUCCAGGAUCCUCUCCGCUGGACGGAUACCCACGAUCCUCUGCUGCAGACUGGCUCGACUGCACCGCCUCAUCCUCGCCUGGCGUGGACGACUUCUCCUUGUCUCUGUCUCCACCUGUUGGACGCCAGGAGCUCAGGGACGGAUGGACGGAGGAGGAGGAGGCAGGAGGAAGGAGGAAGGACCGACAUAAACACGUCUGGACACAAUGCACAUGUCAGAGAGCAGCAUCCAGAAGCACACGCAUGACCGCCGCCCUGCUCAUUACAUGGACCAGCUUCAUCAGCACUCUCACCUGUUCAUCUGAACCUUUUUAUUGACAGGUAGGUUUUCACAUCCGAGGAAUUAAAACAGUAAACAAUAACAUGAAGAAAACUUCUAGAGGAGGACAAAAAGAUUGAAGAAAAUGCAAAUGUUCAGAGUCCUGCAUUCACACACUGGCAGUUUACAGAAAUAAUCUAAUUUCUAAUAAUCUAAAAGAACUUUUCGAGUGUGAGCUGAGAAGUGUGUUAAGAGCUGCAGUCAGAACAUGAAGCUUUACAUAAAGACGGGCAGCAGGGAAAUAUCUAUGGAAGGAGGAGGCUGCCAGACAAUUGGAAAUUUACAUAAAUAGACAUACAGAAAAAGUUGCAGUAAUUAACCCUCCUGUUAUCUUCAUUUACGGGCACCAAAAAAAUCAUUCCCUUGUCUGAAAAAAAUCCAAAAAUUCAGCAGAAAAAAUUCCCCAAAUUUAUAAAAAUUUGCAAAAUCUUCAGGAAGAAAAUUCCAAUAAUUCCUUCAAAGUUUCCCUUAAAAGUUUUAUUUAAAAAAAAAAAAAAAAAUUCCCCAAAUUUGGCAAGACAUAAAAAUAAAAUAAAAAAUAAAAAUUGUAAAUAUUUUUUUAAAAAUGAAUAAAAAUCUCCCAAAAAAAUCUUAAAAAUAUCUAAAGUGAUUCCAUAUAUAUCAGUACAACUUCUAAUAUUUUCUUUAAGAACAUUCACAUAAAAAUCAACCAAAAUCCAGUGAAAUUAGCUGGAUUUUGGUUGAUUUUUCUGUGAAUGUUCCUAAGAAACAUUUUUAACAUUCCUUUCCUCCACCAAAAAAUGUUCAAAAAUUUCCCAAAAAUGUUGAAAAUGUGGACAUCGGAAGUUUCACUGUGAAAAUAUAUUUUUUUUCCACAUUUUCAAACUUUAAAACAGGUCAAUUUUGACCCGCAGGACGACACGGGGGCUAAUAGAGCAACACUGGACCAGAGACAGUGCCUCCUCCCAAAGUUCUGCCGAUAUUUCAGAGUUCAAGUCUUUGGCCUAAGCUUCCCGAAUAAAAUCAGAGGAAAAAUUUAGAUAUUGUUUGAUGAAGACGCUCUUCAUCCAGACACUGAGUAGAAGAAGAGCCUCGGGGGAUCUUUUAUUUUUCCUCUCCACGGCCACAGUGGAGGAACCGUUUCAGUUCUUUUACCCCAAACAUAAGAACAACAUCAGAGAAUAUUAAAGUUGUUCCUAAAUAUGAUGGAGAACGUUCUGCUAACAUUCAGGCCAACAGUGACCCUGACGUUAGUGUUGAAACCAUCUGAGGACGGUUCUGUAAGCAGGAAGUUGGGCUGGAUCCUAAUCUGACCAAAGACACUAAACCAGGCUCUAAAAUGUCUUCAGAAUUAUUUAAAGGAGCUCUACAAGUUUAUGUCUAAAAAAUGCAACCUAAAAUAAGCGUUAGUGAUGAAAAGUCGACCACAGCAGCAAACCUGUAGAUUCUGUACAUAUUCAGACUUUUAGAGUGAUUUAAUACUGGAAUAAAACAAAGCAUUGGAAUCCUGUCAGCCACGUUAUUUAUCUAAAGGAACCCAGCUGAUUACACUCAUAUGUUUAAAUGACUGACAGAAGGUCACGUUUUUUCAUUAUGUACUUAAAUAAACAUCUCAUAUUAGCAAACCUGGCUGGACGGGAACAUUCUGAGUUGUUUUUUUUGAAUAGUGAUAAAACUUCAUAAACUCCCAGCAGACUAAUGUGAUUUACUUCAGCCAGUCAGUGAGAACGUUCUGAGUGAUUUUACCGUAAAUGUUAUGAAUCCAAAAAGGUAUUCUGUUAGAACAGAGGGUCUCUGAAUAUCUCGUUGUAGAAGUAGAUGAUGUGUUGGUUUGUGUUCUGCUGCUCAGACUUUAUGAUCUAUUCAGACUAUGAGUGUCGACAGCGAUGUGGACUAAAAACAUAUAAUAUAUGGAAUAUAACAUGCUUUUCAUUGAAUAGUUUAAAUGGAGCGGUCUAAAUGUGCGGUUUUGUAGACUUCAUACAUGCUGUAUGAUUCUGAGUCUUUGUAAAGUUCUUGGUAGAAAUAGUUUCGUCCACUUAGCUGUGUUUACAUUGUGCUGUUUCAUUAAAAUAAUCUGUUUGUGCUGAAGUCUAA